AUGUCACAUUGUCAUGCUCCACAACCUGAUCGUGUUUCAGCUAUCCAACUACAGAACGCAAUUAAAGCUCGUACUGCGACAACAGAUGAACCAUCCAGCUCAAUUCUUUAUUCAGCCUUACGAACAUAUCCUCUUAGUGCCGCUGGUGAACUUCCAAAAAACGAUGCACUUAUGCUCAUAAUUCGACGACAACGCACUGCUGAAACAGUCGAUGCCGAUGGUGGUUUACCAGAAAAGUUAAGAAAGACAUAA